AUGGCGGACGAAGUGGAAGAUUGUGAGCACUUCCUGUGCCUCUUUGCUCAAGAACAUGUCGAUUUUAGGAUUUCUGUGAGUACAGAGAUUAAUCGAAAAUUCUAAUUACUGUAAAAAGGUACAAAUUUCCCUACGAUCUACUGUUUAGAUAGUAGAACGUUAACUGAUUGCAGCAAAUUCUUCUAAUACGGUCAUUUGUGUGCUUUUUGUUCAAUCUGUUUCAGGAGUUAUUGUCUAUUUCGUCAAUGUUUAGUUUCAGUGUUCGAUUUCAAAGCAAGGAUCAUAGAAAAGAGGUAAAAUUAACACUUAUUCUUCUACUUUUGUGUACAAGGAAAGUCGAUUAUAUUAAAUUUUAUCACAUUUCUGAAAUCCUUUAAUUUUGCUCAGAACCCACACUUGUUGAUACGCUUACCAAAUAAAGAAUGUGCAAGACAUUUGCUGUCCAGAGCUGUUACCAUAAAGUAAGACAUCAUUGUGCAUGCAGCUUUACAAAAGUUAAAUUGACAUUUAUAUUAGAUGUAGUCGCAAUGAGAGGAUAACCACUACAGGACAAUUAGCUUUAUUCUUACAGUAAUUAUUUUUUGCAUUGCAUAGAUCUGUCUAUGAAUUGUGGGGACAUGGAAAUAAUUUAACAGAGGUCAAAAACAGUGUUCUCCAGUAUCCAGCUCAUAAAAUGGUAUGCUGUAAAUUUAGACAACUGCUACUCACAAAAUUUUUCUAAGUGUCAAAACGGCAUCAACUCUACUCUAUGCCCAAGAAACCACAACCAGGGCUUCUGAUAUUUUGCGCGGUUGUGGAGCCGCGAAAUUCUGCGAAAUCCACAAAAACACGAAAAAUACCGUGAAAUUGGGUAGAAAUCUUAUCAAAUACAUGUCUGUACAACAUAUCUGAAACUUAUUUUAACAGCUAUAGGGGCUAUUUACUUGCCAUAAACUUGCAAAUUUUUUAUGGAACUUGGUCACUGAAAUGCGCAAACGACGUCCUGAAACUACUAGGCGUAGAUUAUGUUGCGAAAAACUGGGCACUAGCCAUGAUGUUAAAGGCUUUGCCAUUGGUUCAUUUCUGGAGCGUAUUGUUGUUGAAAGAGCAAAUGAUGACGUCUGUUAGAAAAACGUUAAAAAUGCUGGUCUGAUCAGUGCAAAACUGUUUGAUUCCUAGUGAAAUUUACCUUGAAAAUAACCCCAAAAUCGGCCAUUUUUUACCGAUUGCUUUUUGGUGAGGUUUGCCCCGAAAACUCGCAAGAAAUUCCUGCGAAAUCGUCUGAUUUUUCUGCGAAUUUGUCCCUAAAAAUCCCGUGAAAUUUGACUUUUUCUUCAUGACUUAUCAGAAGCCCUGCACAACCGUUCACCUGUGAAGCCAGUCUUUUUGCCUAUAGCUUGGUUAUUCUAAUUGAAGAUAGAAUACUUUCAAAUGAUUAGAAAAAGGGUUUUUGUAGAAAUUCUAGAAAAUUUUCUGACUGGGGGACAUUUUUUUGAGACCACUUCCAGCUUCCGGGCAUAUAGCCACAGCGUAUAAUUUAUUUUACAAUAACUGAGUGAAUCUUGUCCACUUAUUGGUCGAGAGCUAUGGUCUAUAAGAUUAUAGACCGUGGAAAUGAUGUAACAUGUCAUGCAAUGCCAGUUGUUUUCGUAAAAAAUAAAUGUUAUUGUAAAAAACAAAUCAAUCACAUUUUUCCAUGAUCUACAUUCUUAUAAACCAUAGAAAUGAUGCCACAAAAUGUUUAAAACUUUGCAGUGAAACCACUCGCCCGCGGCUCAUGGUUCCAUUUGAGUUUUGAACAUUUUAUGACGUCAUUUCUAUGAUCUGUAAGAGUGUAGACUAUGGAAAAUUGUGGUCAAUUUGUUAAAUAGAAUAAAAGUACAUUUGCAGUAAAAGUCCAUACGCUAUAAAAGUACGAAGCUAGUAUAUUAACAGUCUGUAAUUUCAUCUUAAUUCUUAUCAUGAAAAUUGAUUACUCUGUUUCUUCUAUUUUAAUUUCAGAAACCUUUCUCCUCUAGCAACUCCACAUUUAAAAUCAGCAUUGAAACAUUCAAUAAAAAGCUUUCUGUUAGUCAACAGAGAGAGCUUAUUGAUGUAAGUAUUGGGUGGCCAGUAAAUCAUUUUUGAAAAAAAUAUAAAGAAAUAUGUGAUGUUAAUAAUCAUUAUAUUGCCUUAUAAAACAUGUCAGGUUAAUUAUAGUUAUAAAUAAUGUAGUAGUGAUUUUUCUUGUUGGAUCUGUUUAAACAUUCUAGCCUUCCCUGAUAAAGGUUAAUAAAUGAUACUGUAGGGGCCGUCUCUCAUUGCUUCUCCAAUCUGACUCUUGUGGGAAGUAACAGAACUACUACUGUAGAUGUACUUGGGACAUGACAUUCUCUGGUACUAGUCACCACCCCUAGUGUCUACCUGUCAUGUUUUGAGGGGAUGGGUAGGGACACAGCCUCACAUCAAUCUUAUGAGUCCUGUUUUGUGCCAAUAAUACCUUCCUGGAAGAUCUGUGCCUCGUAGAGCAGAUAAUCAUGCUUAGUAAAUUAGUUGGGUGGUGGUGUACCUUAAUCAUUUUCCAGAGGAUCUCAGUAGAUUUUUUUGAAAUCCAGGAUAUGCUUUAUUUGCAAGGAUAGGAGUCUCAAUAAAUUUUGAAGCAAAGGGCAAGAUUUAGGAUUAAAAGUAUGCAGAGGAUGCAGCUUGUGGAAAAUAACCAUUGGGAUUACAACAUUGAGGGAAAAUUUGGGUUCAGGAUGACUGGAUUGAAGGACGCUAUCUGGGACCCUCACUCCAGCCAGGGUAGAAACUCUGACUACUGAAAAUAUAUCACCCAAUCUAUAUGACUUAAGUCUGGAUGUUAUAAUCUUUCGACAAUAUUAAAGUACGUAGAUAUAGUUUACGAAGUAGGAUUAUAUUUACACAUUUUUGUGCCAUCCAAUCCCCAGCAAUUUGAAUUCCUUCCAUUUGAAGGCUGUGUCAACCUGUCAGUUCCUGAUCAUGUGUUCUCGUUACUUGUGGACUAUGGAGAUGAUCCGAAUGCUGCCCCACCCAACCCUGAACGACUAUUUUUUGGACGCUUGGUAAGAUUGGAAUGCAGUGAAAUGUUACCACCAAUAUUUUUGGUUUUGCGUUUAAUUAACAGAAAAGUAGAAUUACUUAUAAUAAUAAACUGGUCUUUUUUGUUAGAUUGGACAUGGGCAACGUCACUUGUUAAAGCAGUAUUCUCUAAAGACAAGGCAUUUUAUUGGAAACACAUCCAUGGAUCCUCAACUUUCCUUCAUAAUGGCCAACCAAGGACAGGUACCAUCAUUAGAACUGACAAAUUUAAUUUUCUUUAAAAAAUACUUGGGUCAGUUUUCAUUCUGAAAACUAUUAUAGAUUAUAAACUGAAACAGCUGAGAUCUUAAAUACAGUGGAAGCUCUUGUGAGCAGACACCCUCGGGUGUUGGUAACUGGAGCUAGCCACUUACAGGAAUGUUAAAAUGGAGCAUUUCUUUGUUUUUUCUUUAAAAUUAAAAACAGGAUUUUGUGAAGACAGCUGCUAGUAGAACUGUCAGCAAGUGUCUGUUUGGAGAGCUUCUACAGUAUUUACGUUUAGUAGAUGAAAAAUAUAUAGUUUAUGUAAACACAUUUUUUUCAAUUUAAGGCAUGGCGAAUAUUACAAGUAAGGAAAAAAAUGUUUAAGCAGUGUGCAAAGAAAGUAGUGUCUGAUAGCCCAGGGCUAGUGGAUUUUGCUAUCGGGCUAGUGAAUUCCGUUAUUAAUUUGCCUGACGGGCAAGUGAACUGUUUUGAGGAAUUUAAAUUACAGAAGAACUAUGAAAUCAUUCUGCUCAUCCAAACGUUUUUGGGACUAGUUGAAAUGAUGUUUGGGCUAGUAAAUGUUAGCUUCAGCUUGCCCGAAUGGCAAGCUGUAAAAAUGACUUUCUUUGCACCCUGUUAAGUAAACACUGUAGGUACCGUGUAAUAAUCAAAGUGAAUUUUGUUGUUUCUUUAUUUUUAAGGUUAGCCCAGGAAGUUUUGUAUUUGACCCAUUCGUUGGCACUGGUAAUUAAUUAUUCUUUAGUUAUUUAUUUCAAAAGCACGGAAACAAAGUAAAAGGCAAUAAUUAUUUGUGUUUGCAAAAGUCCUGAAAUGUCAUCAUUGACAUUUCAGGACUUUCGCAAAAAAAUGAACCUGGGUGCUGCAAGAAGAACAUGAAGUGCAUGUCUAAAGAGUUUUUUUCCACCAGGAUCCCUUGUACAUCUGUACUCCUUGUUGUAUUAUCCAGCAAGACAACAGUUCCAUCGAGUUCAGAGCAAUGUAUCUCCGCAAAGAUAACAGUCACAUUAAGUUUGGAGUAAUCUUAAAAACGAUAAGAAAAUCCUUUUUGCACGGAGACAUUAUCGUUUCUCUAGCCGUAGUCACUUGCAACAGAGCAUCUUAAUCAGUAACAAAGCCUAUAACUCUUCAAUGAAGUGCUUUUCAGACCAAUGUUGAUGGCAUUAAUGUUUGUUUUUAGGAAGCAUUCUCUUGUCCUGCUCUCAUUUUGGGGCCUAUGUCAUGGGAAGUGACAUUGAUUACACACUACUUCAUGGCAGAGGUAUUUUUGAUAACUUUUACUAAAUGGGCUCUUUUAAGCAGUUUUUUUUUUACAAUAUUAGCUAUAAAUUAUCAUGAAAAAAUAUCCUUUCAAGCUUUAGAACGCAAAAGAAAUGCAAAAACCGCUAAAUAGUGCGUAGAUGGGCAAACCUGCUGGUAAUUAGCCUGAAGAACAGGAUUUCUUAGCUGGCUAGCAAAGACAAGGCGCCCGGUGCAAUGGGGGACUAAAGCUUUUUCUUUUUUGCUGCUGCUUCCUUCAGCGCGCGUCUCACGCUUCACCCCCGCCUCAUGCGGCCUCCGCUCCCCUGAAAAACGGGAAAAAAUAACGCCUAUUCUGCAAGCCAGGCAAUACCAACUCUUGUCCAAAGAAACACACGGACCACCCAUCCUAAAAGUCUGGAUUUAGAUUUGCAUUCUUUGUGAGUUUUGAUUUCUUAGAUUCAAACUCCAUUUUUGGAUUUUGCCAAAGAAUCGCAAAAUCUGUUUCAAAGAAUCCAGGUUUUUGCACGCCCUAGUCAGUUUAUUCGUCUUUGUUGUUUUCAAGGUAGAAGUUCUCGAGCAAACAGACAAGGACAAUGGAGAGGUACUGUAUUACUCUCAUUAUCUUUUUUACAAAACACUUCACCUCUAUAUUUAAAAAAAAUUAAACGCAAGUAGGUCUCUGUUUUGACAUGUUUAGUGUAAAAUCUGUCGUUGGCUAACUCCUCUCAACCUUGGUACGUGACACGCAUUUUCAACUAGCUUUAAACAAACUAGACUGAGAGAUUUUUCUCUACAUUUUUCAUUAUUUUUCUCGUGUUCGUCUUUAAUCUUCGUUUUUGCAGUUGAAAAUGGCAAAAACUAGGCACAGGUGCAACAGAGAAUACUAAUUCUGCCUAAUUUUACUCGGUGUACUUGCCUUUUCUCUCCUCUUCACGCUUCGUUACGCAUAAGGCCUCACUAAAAGUAAUGUUUCUAAUUCCUUACUUUCCAAAGCUCGAGAUGAGAACUUCAAAGCUAACUUCACUCAGUAUGGUCUUGGCAGUUAUUUUGUGGACGUGCUGGUUGCAGACGCCGGGAGACUGGGAUUAAGAGAAGUUCCGUUAUUUGAUGCUAUAAUAACUGAUCGUGAGUAAAUUCGUCAAUUUUUGGCGGGUAACACCUGUAUUUUUUUAAAAAAGGGGUACACUGAAGACUUCUUUAUAUGUUUUGAAUGCAAUCUGUUACGGACAUGUUAUCCGAGGGUCAUCUGGUGCGAAUAUUGAAUGUCGCCAGCAAUUUAUUUGAUCCUCUUCUCCACUUUGACUACGCAAUCAUUGCUUUCCCAAGCUUUUCAGCUGGCUUUUUAUGUUGAGAUAAGUACUCGUUUUGAAUGUCUUCAAGGCUUCACGAGUUAACAUGGCCACGCACGUAAGAGUAAAUUUUAGGUGAAAUAACUUUGAGAGUCGUUUUUCCGGGAGAUAUUUGGUCAUUCUCGUAGCUGUACGGCAAAUUUUUAUUAUACAAAGAUGUUUUUAUCAUAUCUGGCUUGCAAUUGAUUGCAGUAACUAAACUGUACCUAGGUUUUUUAUUAACAUUAAUCAAUAUUUCAUUAGGUACAUCUUAUUCUUCAAAAUUGCAAUGAAUGAAUUUUUGACGUAACAUUCAGACAUCAUUUUAGUACUCAUUAAACCCUAACUCUAACCCUUCUUCCUUCAUUUCUAUUUUGUAUCCUAGCACCGUAUGGAAUCCGGGAAGGAGCCCGUAAAUUAGACACCAACACAGAACUCCAGGAAUCCACCAGUCAGUAGGUGCAAUUUUCUCAGUAACUAAUUGUAAACGGUGACAAUUUUUGUCUUUCCUGCCUGCAAGAGUUAUCCGAUGUAGUGUCAAAGUAGCCCUCUUAGAUCCUGGUGGAAGGUCGUUCCUACCAGAAUAUUUAGGGUCCAAAAUGUUUUAUUCUGUCAGCACGUAUUAAUCAAAGUUUUUUUGCGUAUCUUUUAGAGAUGAAACACCAUUUUGUUCAGCUGUGCGAGGUUGCCGUCUAUCCGAGAUAGUCACCAUCUUGUUAGACUUAGCAGCUCGAUACCUAGUGCUUCAUGGACGACUGGUAUAUUGGCUUCCAAUCUAUCGACCCGGGUCAGUAUAGAACAGAUCUAUUGACUAGUGUAAUGUGAAUAGUAGAAAAUCCUCAUCGUUUUUGUACGUAUAACUGUUUUAUUAUGUGUUUAUGUGAGUGGAUGUGCCGACAUUUUUUUCUUUCACGGCGCAUUUUUAUUAAUAGGCCAUUUUACAGUUAUGGGUGGAAGCGAGGCUGACGGUGACCUUGUUUUGAUACAAACCUUCCUGCUUUAUUAUGUAAUUCAAGUUGUUCUUAUGCUUACUAGUAUUUUUCAAGAACAAUUUCCAUAACAAAGCAAAUAAGGUUUGUAUCAAAGCAAGGUCACCCUCACCCUCGCUUCCAUCCAUAACUGUAAAAUGGCCUAUUGAGUAACCUGGGUGUGUAGAUAACUAGGUUUUCAUUUAUUUCGCAAAAUAACGUUGUGUUUGUCAUGUUACGUGCGUGGAACACGGCUAACGGUCCGGAUUGUGUCCCAUGAUCUGCCAAACACUGAGCAGGUGCUCUAUUCACUGAGCUACUGGAGAUACUGGUCAGGAGAGUAAGGCUCGGCAGACAUGGUCGAUAAGCGACAUGUACAUCCUAUAUUCUGCUGGAAUCAGAAAUUUUGAGACCGGGGAAGGUUAGUUAUAUGCCGCGCAUAUAAAGAUGGCGCGAAGGUGAGAGCACUUUCCAUCAAUGUGGCAUGGGUGAUCCCGGAAUAGACGCUAUACUGAGGAUCCUCAAUCGGUUUUUCAGGAUGCGGGAGUUGCCUUAAGGUCGGGAUUCGGGAUUUUAAAGCAAAAUAGAGUCGAGAUUCGAGAUUGACUGACUCUUUGCACGGGAUGCGGGAUGCCGAAAAUAAACAUCGCGAUUACGGGAUUAAGCAAAAACUCUGGAUCGGAAUGACUAAUAAACGCCCGGGGUGUCUAUUUGAUUUUAAGGGUUCAAGCGGGGGCGUUUAAUAGAAAGGCGGCGUUUAAAAGAGAGAGGCGUUUAUUGUCAUUACUGUAACAAGCUCAACAAGACUGGUAUGCUUCUGGCAAAAAUAUCAAGAGAAUUUAAAAAUAUUGGAAUACACCCCAUCGAUUGACAUGUCCAGGCCGUGUAGAGAUCCAUAUCGCUCCUCCAAAUCCCAACAUUGUUGUCAGAAUCCUUGUUCAAGGUUAUUGUGCUUCCAUCAUUAGUCUAUCCUUACUUUGAACUUGAAAUUGAACAAGAUGAAAUACGCAAAGCCUUGUUAAUCAAGCAAGAAACUGAAUGAAUUGAAUGAUUUGGCUCUUUUUUGCUAAUGCCUAGUAUUUUGUAGCAGUUCUCAUAGGGGUAGUCUAUUAGAGAGGGGCGUCUAAUACAAUUUUAACAGCUUAGACAAGCGUUUAUUAGGUAAGAGCCGUUUAUUUGGGAGUAGGCGUGGUCAUUUAAGGUACCCUAGAAGCGGGAACCCGGUUCCAUACAUGGGUAGAGUUUGUUGCUAUCUAUCCUCCUUAUUAUGAUCAUUCACACAAAGCUUGUUGUUUUUGUUCCUCGCUCCGAGACCGACAUUUCUAAAUGCCUGUUUGAUCCGCCACUGAUGGAAUACCCGAAAAUAACCUGAGUUUUGUUGUUGUCGUUUACAGCUACUCAGAAGAGCUUAUUCCAAGUCAUCCCUGUCUGAAACUUGUGUCGAACAGUGAACAGUGUUUGUCACGACACGUGUCUCGGCGUUUAAUCACCAUGGAAAAAGUCAAAGAAAACAAGGUAAAGUACAAGUAACUCAGUGCCCAGUCCACUCACGGACCUAUACUUCUAGGUUUAAGUAAUAACGCGGUCAACCCUCGGAUCCAUUCUUCUCGUUAAAGUAUCGACCGUCCGGCCUGUCAUUCGACUUCAGCUUCAUCCGGCAACGUUAAAAAAGUUCCUUAAUAACCUCUGGGUCUAUUAUAACAGCGACUCGAUCCUAAAUUGAAUUGUUAGCUAGUUGUUGGAAUUACAAUAUAUAUCCAGAUGACUACUGUUAUUCUGCUGAUUUGUUUGACUCUGAAAUUCGUUCUUUUCUUGAAAAAUAAGAUAAAAUUCUGUCAUGUGCUUUAGUUUUGAAAAAUUUCGAAAAAGAGAGGAGAUACUUUCAAACUUACUUUUUCGUCAAACUGUUCUAAAACAGGAACAAGCGUUCCCUUGAUCGAAAUCCAACCACUUCUAACUUUUGCAUACAACACGUGACACACUUGGUGUGUUCUCUUUCUUUGUUGUUUUGCAGUUAGAGGAUCCGCUUCUGUCUGUGGUGCAACAAAAGUUUCUUGAUUCCUGCGAUAAUUUUAGGGACAAUUACUUCAGUCAGUCCACGUGA